AUGUUGAUUGAAGAAUCCUACCACGAUGUCAAGACUUCGUACGGCACAACCAUGCGGUUGUUCGUAUACCACCCCAAGAUCAUCAACUACCCCAGAGUGAAAUUUCCGGGUGUGGUGGUCUACAGCGAAAUCUACCAGGUCACUGGUCCAGUGUCUCGGUUUGCAAAGGACAUCGCUGGCCAGGGGUUCAUUGUGGUGUGCCCAUCAAUCUACCACAACUUCGAGUCCCAUGAGCCAUUGGCCUACGACGUGGAAGGCACCGACAAGGGCAACUUGUACAAGAUCACCAAGGAAUUGAAGUCUUACGAUGAAGACAACAAAUUGGCCAUCGACUACUUGACGUCGUUGCCCACCUGCAACGGCAAGAUUGGUGCCACUGGAAUGUGCCUUGGGGGCCAUUUGGCCUUCAGAGCCGCAUUGGACCCCAGAGUCCGUGCCGCUGUUUGUUUCUUCGCCACUGAUAUCCACAACCACGCAUUGGCCAAGGGCCAGAAUGACGACUCGCUCGCCAGAUGCAAAGAGAUCAAGGGCGAGUUGAUCAUGAUCUUCGGAUGCAAGGACAACCAUGUGCCCUUGGAAGGCAGAGACUUGAUCAGAGGCACGUUGCGCCAGGCUGGAGUCGAGAUGACUUUCAUCGAAAUCAACGACGCCCAACACGCCUUCAUCAGAGACGAAAUGAGCAAGGGGAGAUACGACCCAGCCACCACCAAGAACUGUACCGAGUGGAUGUUUGAGUUGUUCAACAGAAAGUUGAAGUUGGACUACGGCGAUCACGACGGAAAGAAUGUCGAAAUCGAAGAUGUGUGCUGA